AUCUGAGUCCUUUUCCCUCUUCCUCAUCCUCCUCCUCCUCCUCUUCUUCUUCUUCUCCCUAACGAGCUCUGUAAUGUCCUGUUAAUUUUGUGUGCACUAGUUAAUGAGCAUUAAUCCAUCACCCCUGGACGCUAUUGUUGCAGGGGGGAUGGCCAUUUGAAUGCAAAUGCGUGACACUGUGACAGCAAGGUGCUUAUUAAACUGAUGUGUCCUCCUGUCUUUUCUGCUGGGAGCUCAGGAGAGUGAAAAGACGCGGGGCAGCUGGAGGAGCGGGUCGGACUAUACCAGGAGUUGCUCACACCAAGUUCUGCUCUGCUGCAAACAACAACAACAACAUGGCAAGUUCUGCCUCUCUGGAGACCGUGAUGUCCUGUGGUAGAACCGGACCGUCCGCGACACCCAAGACCCUGGCCUUCUCCAUAGACCGGAUCAUGUCCAAGAGCUCGGAGCCGAAGGGGAGCACGGAGGAGCGGUCAGAGGGGAAGAAGCUGCUCGGGCUCUGCUCCCCGAUCCCCUGCAUGAUCCCGCUGCAGCCCUUCAGCUACGACCUCCAAGCCAAGGCGCUGAUGAACUACUCGGAGCUGUGGAGAGCCAGUUUUAGGGGGACUUUUUGCGGUUCCGCAGCCGCUCCGUGCAAAGGGAACUGCGGCAUGUGCGGCAAAGCGGACCCGGGCUUGAAGCAGUCGCUGCUGACGUCGGGGAGCAGGGUGGUGAAACCACAGGUCAUUCACCAGGCCGUGGCCGUACCCAGCGGAGGCUCGCUCUACUAUCUCAACUACCUGGACUCUGCGUACCAGCAGUCGGAGCUGCUGGCUGGACACUGGUUCACCAGCCCGCAGGCCCAGGCCUCUCUGUCGGCGCACCACAGACUCUUACUGCUGGAGAAUGCCAAGCUGGCCGGGGUGGGGGCUGACAAGCUGCCCACACCUCAGUACCCGCACAAGGAACACCUGCCCGGGCAGCUCGAUCAGAUCGUUAAGGAGAACCACUGCCUGAGCGCCGAGAAGAACGGCGUCAAGGCGCACAACAAACUGAGCAGCGGCGGCGGCGGCAGCGCUGCGGACGGAAAACCCAAAAACUUCACGUGUGAAGUGUGUGGAAAGGUUUUUAACGCACAUUACAACCUGACCAGACACAUGCCGGUGCACACCGGGGCCCGGCCUUUCGUGUGCAAAGUGUGCGGGAAAGGAUUCCGACAGGCCAGCACGCUGUGCAGACACAAGAUCAUCCACACACAGGAAAAACCUCAUAAAUGUAACCAGUGUGGGAAAGCGUUCAACAGAAGCUCCACGCUCAACACGCACGUACGGAUCCACGCAGGGUACAAACCUUUCGUCUGUGAGUUCUGUGGGAAAGGUUUCCACCAGAAAGGAAACUACAAGAACCACAAGCUGACUCACAGCGGGGAGAAGCAGUACAAGUGCUCCAUCUGCAACAAGGCCUUCCAUCAGAUCUACAACCUGACCUUCCACAUGCACACGCACAACGACAAGAAGCCCUUCACCUGCGCCACCUGUGGCAAGGGCUUCUGCCGCAACUUUGACCUGAAGAAACACAUCAGGAAGCUGCACGAUAACGUCUUCUCCGCGGCCUCCGAGGCCUCCAGAGAGCUGCAGAGCUGAGGCACAUUAACACAAGGCCUCAAAACAGACUGGCUCAUGUCCUGCAUUUGUAGCUGAGGUGAACCAUUUUUUAAAGUCCAGAGAGAUAAGACUGGACAUGAUCCCUGAAAAAGAACUGUGGUGCUCCUAUAAGCUUUAGGAUCCAGCAUGGACUGUGCAGAGCAAACAGCAGCUAAUUAAACACUGUAGGAACGUUAGAGGGAUUCUUUUCUUCUUCCUGUGUUGCAUCAAACAGGAGACGUCAUGUGUCUGUCUCCACAAUCAAACUGUAAAUAAUAAUAUGAAAAUAAAGAAUGUUAUUUAAAAUGUGAAUCAUUGCCAUGUUGUGUAUUUCACAGGAAAAAUGUUAAUGUGAAUAAAUAAGUUAUAACUUAUAAUGAAACCUGAAUGUUUGAGCCAUGUUGUUUCUGUUUCUCAUUUUGGAAAAUAAAACUGAAUUCUGAUGACAACUGUGCUCAUGUUGAAGUGUGCAGACAUUUUGUCUUAAUAAUAAAUAAACCAAACAGGA